GGAAUCCCAACCCCACCCCCGGCCUUCAUCCAAUCAUCGCCGUACGGGAGCCUGAAGCCUCUGGAGCCAUCUCGAGUGAGGGCACGCCUCGAUUAACUUCUCUGUCUUGCCUAAAACCUCUCGAGUCGAGGCCUUCCGGCGGAACGAAUGUCCCACAGGUCAGAACUACAAGUCCCGGCGGGUGUGUCGGGACGCAGCUUCCGGCGCCGUCUUUUUCCCAGCAUGCCUUGUUUACUUCCGGGUUUGUCGAGCCCGCGGGUCUAGCGUGAAGAGGCUGGGGUUUGGCUUGGAGGACUUGGAGGGUCUGUGUCGCUCCGCACCUCCUGGGGAGAGGCUCUUCUGGAUGAGGAGGGGCUGCGGAGCCGCAGAGAGCUGCCGGGACGAAGUGCGGUCCUCCCGCAGGGCCAGAACCCGAGCUCGGCGCCGCCUUCCGUGGCUGGAGCCCCGCGACGCCCGCCCCGGGGGCUUCCUCCUCCACCAUGGCUGAGCUGAUCCAGAAGAAGCUGCAGGGGGAAGUGGAGAAAUACCAGCAGCUGCAGAAGGACUUGAGUAAAUCCAUGUCGGGGAGGCAGAAGCUUGAGGCACAGCUAACAGAGAAUAAUAUCGUGAAGGAGGAACUGGCCUUGCUGGAUGGAUCCAACGUGGUCUUUAAGCUGCUGGGACCCGUGCUUGUCAGACAGGAGCUAGGGGAGGCUCGGGCCACGGUGGGGAAGAGGCUGGACUAUAUCACCGCGGAAAUUAAGCGCUACGAAUCGCAGCUUCGGGACCUUGAGCGGCAGUCAGAGCAACAGAGGGAAACCCUUGCUCAGCUGCAGCAGGAGUUCCAGCGAGCCCAGGCAGCAAAGGCUCCUGGGAAGGCCUGACCCCAUGGGAGGGGGAGGAGGGGGAGGGGGGGGGGUGAGGCAGCUCCGGGUGUACACUAGAAUAGCCAAUAAAAUGUCAACAAAGCCAGUGCAGUCUUUCUUCACUGGCCUUUCCCUUUCCUCAGC